CUGGCCAUGUGAACACAACUGGAGGACUCUAGAUCAAGGGAAGCUGAGUUCAGCAGAAUAUCUUCACCACUGCUCAAAGACUAAAGACUGGAUUUUAUUUCUGUGACAUUCAAAUGAUCUGAAAUAUCUGGAUUUCUCUGAGGAGGCAGGUGUGACCGGUUGACAGUAUAGUUUUUUUUUAAGAAAAAAAGGCGGGGAUUUCAGUUCGGAGAGAAACACAAAGUUAUUGUGUUGUUGAAACAAUAUUUUUAAAGCCUUUUCUAUAAAUACGUUGGAUUUUGUUUGGGGUCCAUCCCUGGCUGCGGUGCCCGGGACUACAGGACGCUCCAGCGGGGCUCCAGGACUCCGGUCAGACGUCAUCGCAUUUCUUUGGUGAAUUACUCACGCCUUCCUCCCCAGAGCACCGCCGGUAACAACAAGCCGGUGUCGGGAACAUGCUCCAAAAUGGAAACGAUGAGGAAAAGCCAGGAGAAGCGCCAACGGCUGAGGCAGAGACGGACUCCCCCGCGGACAACGCGCAGAAUCCCGCCGCUCACCCAGCCGCUGAGUCCACUCACUUCCCCAUGCCCGAUCACCCUAAAGUGGAAAUAAAGCGCCACGCGGUGACAGACGAUUAUAAGAUCUCCACUCAAGUUCUGGGAUUAGGAAUCAAUGGAAAAGUCCUUCAGUGCUUCAACAAGAAGACGGGAGAGAAGUGCGCAUUGAAGAUUCUGUACGACAGCCCCAAAGCCAGACGAGAGGUGGAGCUCCACUGGAGAGUGUCAGGAGGGCCGUAUAUUGUUCGCAUCCUCAGCCUGUAUGAGAACAUGCAUCAUGGGAAGAAGUGCCUGCUCAUCAUCAUGGAAUGUAUGGAGGGAGGCGAGCUGUUCAACAGAAUCCAGGCCAGAGGAGACCAGGCCUUCACUGAGAAAGAGGCUUCUGAGAUUAUGAGGGAAAUCGGCACGGCCAUUGAAUAUCUUCACAGCAUCGACAUCGCACACAGAGACAUCAAGCCAGAGAACCUGCUGUACACCACUAAAGAAAAAAAAGGGGUCCUCAAAUUAACAGACUUUGGGUUUGCUAAGGAGACGACGCUACACAACCCCCUACAGACCCCCUGCUACACGCCCUACUAUGUGGCUCCUGAGGUUUUGGGUCCGGAGAAAUAUGACAAGUCAUGUGACAUGUGGUCUCUGGGCGUCAUCAUGUACAUCCUGUUGUGCGGCUUCCCUCCAUUUUACUCCAACACAGGCCAGGCCAUUUCUCCGGGGAUGAAGAAGAGGAUCAGGAUGGGGCAGUACGAGUUCCCAAACCCAGAGUGGGCAGAGGUAUCACAGGAAGCCAAAGAUUUGAUCCAUCAGCUGCUGAAGACAGACCCCAACGAGCGAAUGACCAUCACUCGGUUCAUGAACCACCCCUGGAUUAAUAAGUCCAUGGUGGUGCCCUCCACCCCCCUCCACACCACCCGGGUGCUGACUGAAGACAGAGCGCUGUGGGAGGAUGUGAAGGAGGAGAUGACCAGCGCUUUAGCCACCAUGCGCGUGGACUACGACCAGGUGAAGAUCAAGGACCUGGACACUUCCAGCAACCCGCUGCUCAACAAGAGACGCAAGAAGGCCGCCGCUGGAGCCAAAGGCGGCUCCACGGUGUGCCAAAGUCAGUGAGACUCUGAGGACUGUCCGGGCGGGACAGGAAGUGAAGACGAGAAGCAGCUCAGAGGAAGAGGAGAGAUUGAUUUUUUUAAAGGAGAGAAUCAUAUGAAGUCAGGGACUCUUGAGAGACUGGAUGAUGUGAAAAUAAGGGGAAACAUAGGAACAUGUCAGAGCUGGAUAUUAAUAAGACAUAUCGAGUUGUGCUAACACGUGUUUCUACCGUAAGCUCAUCUCACCGUGGGUCUUUCUGUUUCAUUUUUAUGUAUGUGGUUUUAGACUGUUAUAGACUGGAGUAUUUGUAGUGUUUUGAAUGCUUCGUUGCCUUUUUGAGGUCUCCUUUGUAAUUAUGCACUAGUGUACAAACCAAACACACAGACUGACAAAGCGAGUGUGGACAGACUGAAACCAGAAUGCUCACUGUUACCUGCUGUGAGGCAGGUUUCUCUUUUACUGACUCCCUUUUCAGGAAUUAAAAGCAAUGCGUCCAUUAAUUUCAACUGAGGACAGUAGUUUUGGAUGCAAGCUGUACAUUUUAUUCAUCACAUAACAUUACAUUUAUUUUGACGUUUUCAUCUAAAGCAACUUACAUAAAAGUGCAAUUAAACAUGACGAUACGAAUUCAGAUGAGCAAGAAUCCUGAGAGUACAAUAACUUCAAAUAGCCCAAACCAUUUCAGGUCCUGCAAACAUUUCAAUUUAGAUUUUAUUUGUCGAGGUCCAGUCAACACAUUUUCAGUAGUCUUUCCACCAAUUUGGAGCCACGAUAGAAAAGUGUUUUUACUUUACCAGGGUACCACUCAGCGUCAAUGCUGUGGAUCAACACUAUGUCCCCACUAAUGGAGCAAUAAGUAAACAACCUGUCUGCUUCCUGUUCGUGUGCAGCCAGAGAGCCUUAUGCAAGGGGUUGUGGGGUAAUGGAUUGUAACAUGUGUGAGUUGUGUCAUUUUUUCUUGAGAAUGGUCUUGUGUGUAUGCCGGAUGAGUAAAUGCUUCCAGUUAAUACAGUUUCCCUUCAUAUUCAGAACUUGAGCAACCCAGUGCAGCAUUGUGAUCUGUCCGGUUCAUCCGCCCCCCUGUAGAGAUAUGAUUCGUCCACACUGUUGUAAAUAAAACUUUAUAAAGUAAA